AUAGAAGGACUGGUGAAUCAAGAGGUUUUGCUUUCGUGCGUUAUAAGUAUGCUGAUGAAGCUUCCAAGGCUGUCGAUAGGCUAGACGGAAGAAUGGUUGAUGGUAGGGAAAUAACUGUACAGUUUGCUAAAUAUGGCCCUAAUGCUGAGAGGAUUCAGAAAGGAAGGAUUAUUGAAACAUCCCCGAGAUCAAAGAGCUCAAGGAGCCGCAGUCCCAGCAGGAGAAGGUACCGUGAUGAUUACAAAGGCAAGGAUUACAGGAGGAGAAGUCGCAGCGGGAGUUAUGACAGGUAUGAGCGCGACAGAUAUCGCGGUGGGAGAGACAGAGACUACCGUCGUCGAAGCAGAAGCCGUAGUGCCAGUCCUGAUUACAAGGGGCGAGGAAGGGGACGCUAUGAUGAUGAGCGCCGUGGUGCCAGUCCUGAUUACAAGGGUCGUGGAAGGGGUAGCUAUGAUGACGAGCGCCGUGGUAGAAACCGAAGCAGAUCAGUAGAAAGCCGAUCCCCUGCCCGACGAACUCCUAGUCCAAGAAGGAGCCCUUCUCCUAAGAAGAGUAUUUCCCCUCAAAGGAGCACUUCUCCCCAGAAAAGUCCACGCCAUGAAAGUCCUGAUAAUCGUAGCCGCGAUGAAAGAUCUCUUACUCCUCGUGGUGAGAGUGUCUCACCACGAGGUCGCCCUGAUGUUUCUCCAAGCCCAUCUCCUCGAAAUUCAAACGGUGAUGAGUAG